UUCGGAGCCGCGGCCCAGCUCGCAGGGCGGCCCCGGGGAGGCAUUUCCUGGCCCGCCGGCCCCCAGGUGCCUCCUUGCUUAGGUGAAGCAGCAGUUGGGAGCCCGCCCGGGCCGCUGCCGCUGCCGCUGCCGCUGCCGGAGGUUUGCAGGCCCAGCGCGGGGGACGAGGGUGUGCUGCCGGCCGGCGGGCGGGAGAUGCCUCGGGCGGCAUGAUGGACCCGUGGCAGGUGAUCUGGCGACAGGGGUGUUCCCUCAACAAAUGUCGACCCCCUCCAGUUCAAGGCUAUGAGCAGAGCAAGCUCAGACACCCAGGCCCAGGGUCUCAACCCAAUAGUUUCCAACUCCGGCAGAUAGAGUUUCUCAAGGGACGGCUCCCAGAAGUGCCCCUGACUGGAAAGCAGACACCAUCACCACCAGUGUUCCUCCCUGGGCUCCAACCAAGGUUUCCAGGACCACCUGCCAGAGACAGGCAACUGCAGAUCUGGAAUAUCCCCAGGGGCGUGUCUCUCGGAAGCCAGGGGCUCCAGAGAGGGUUCCAGCAUCCUUCGCCAUGGAGAGGUGUUGAUAGACUCACCUCACGUUUCCAGGAACUGAAUAUCAGCCAGGAUCAGGAAAAAAGGAUCUUAAAGCUGUUGGAGGAGCUCGAGGAAGGGAAGACCACCACAGCGUAUGAUCUGGCUAAAAAACUUGGAGUCCCAAAGAAGGAAAUCAAUCGAGUUUUAUACAGUCUGGAAAAGAAGGGCAAGCUACAUCACGAGGCAGGUAACCCCCCUCUGUGGAGAAUCGCCGUCCCUGUUCAUGCCGCGAAGCAGCAGAGCAAAGCCGUGAGAGCGGACAGUCAUAGGCAGGCAGCUCCGCGUUCAGACCCCAGUUUGGAAACUGAAGACAGAAACCCCGCAUCUGGCUUGGAAGAUUGUCCUGUUCUUUUUGACAUGGCCGAGAUCAAGGAGAAAAUCUGCGACCACCUGUUUCACGUGUCCAACUCCUCUGCCCUGAAUUUGGCUAAAAAUAUUGGCCUCACCAAGGCCCGAGAUGUGAAUGCCGUGCUGAUUGACUUGGAGAGGCAGGGGGAUGUCUACAGGCAGGGGGCAACCCCCCCCAUAUGGUAUUUGACUGACAAGAAGCGGGAAAGGAUGCAGAUCAAGAGAAAUAGCAGCAGUGUUCGGGAAACCACUCCAGCUGCUACCCCAGAGACCGAAAGAAAUGUAGAGCUUCCCACCUAUAACUUACCUGUUUCAGGUGCCUCGAACAAUGUCACCAUGGGAAAAGUGGCGAAUGGGCAGGAACCUGUCACAAAGCUAGAAAAUAGACCAGAGGCCACACCAGGACCUGUGAAACUGAAGCCACCUGUUCAUGACAACGGCCCCUCAAAACCAGGGUAUGUUGACUUUGAAAAUGGCCAGUGGGCCACAGACGACAUCCCAGAUGACUUGAAUAGUAUCCACUCGGCCCCAGGUGAGUUCCGAGCCAUCAUGGAGAUGCCAUCCUUCUACAGUCACGGCUUGCCACGGUGUUCGCCCUAUAAGAAGCUGACCGAGUGCCAGCUGAAGAACCCCAUCAGCGGCCUCUUAGAGUAUGCUCAGUUCGCUAGUCAGACCUGUGAGUUCAACCUGAUAGAGCAAAGCGGACCACCCCAUGAACCUCGAUUUAAAUUCCAGGUUGUCAUCAGUGGCCGAGAGUUUCCCCCAGCUGAAGCGGGCAGCAAGAAGGUGGCCAAGCAGGAUGCAGCAAUGAAGGCCAUGACCGUCCUGCUGGAGGAAGCCAGAGCCAAGGACGGCGGGAGGUCGGAGGACUCAUACCACUGCUCCCCGGAGAAGGGGUCUGAGAGGACUGCUGAGUCCCAGCCCACCACCCCUUCAGCGACAUCCUUAUUUUCUGGGAAGAACCCCGUCACUACAUUGCUUGAGUGUGUGCACAAGUUGGGGAGCUCCUGUGAAUUCCGCCUCCUGUCCAGGGAAGGCCCUGCCCAUGACCCCAAGUUUCAGUACUGUGUCGCAAUGGGACCCCAUACUUUCCCCACGGCAAGUGCCCCCAGCAAGAAAGUGGCAAAGCAGAUGGCCGCAGAGGAAGCCAUGAAGGCCCUCCAUGGGGAGGCAACCAACUCGACACCUUCUGAUGACCAGCCCGGAGGUGCAAACACGGAAUCACUGGAUAACUUGGAAUCUAUAAUGCCCAGCAAGGUCAGGAGGAUCGGCGAGCUCGUCCGAUACCUGAACACCAACCCCGUGGGCGGCCUGUUGGAGUAUGCCCGCUCCCAUGGCUUUGCUGCUGAGUUCAAGUUGGUCGACCAGUCCGGACCUCCUCAUGAGCCCAAGUUCGUUUACCAAGCCAAAGUUGGGGGUCGCUGGUUCCCAGCCGUCUGCGCCCACAGCAAGAAGCAAGGCAAGCAGGAAGCAGCAGAUGCGGCCCUCCGCGUCUUGAUUGGGGAGAACGAGAAGGCAGAGCGCAUGGGUUUCACAGAGGUAACCCCAGUGACAGGGGCCGGUCUCAGAAGAACUUUGCUUCUCCUCUCAAGGUCCCCAGAAGCACAGCCAAAGACACUUCCUCUCACUGGUAGCACCUUCCAUGACCAGAUAGCUAUGCUGAGCCACCGCUGCUUCAAUGCCCUUACUAACAGCUUCCAGCCCUCCUUGCUCGGCCGCAAGAUCCUGGCUGCCAUCAUCAUGAAGAAAGACCCCGAAGACCUGGGUGUCGUGGUCAGCUUGGGCACAGGGAACCGUUGUGUGAAAGGAGAUUCUCUAAGCCUAAAGGGAGAAACCGUCAAUGACUGCCAUGCAGAAAUCAUCUCCCGGAGAGGCUUCAUCAGGUUUCUCUACAGCGAGUUAAUGAAAUACAACUCCCAGACCGCAAAGGAUAGUAUAUUUGAGCUUGCGAAGGGAGGAGAAAAGCUCCAGAUAAAAAAGACGGUGUCGUUCCACCUCUACAUCAGCACGGCCCCGUGUGGAGACGGUGCCCUCUUUGACAAGUCCUGCAGUGACCGUGCUGUGGAAAGCACAGAUUCCCGCCACUACCCUGUCUUUGAGAAUCCCAAACAAGGCAAGCUCCGCACCAAGGUGGAGAACGGGGAAGGCACAAUCCCGGUGGAGUCCAGUGACAUCGUGCCUACGUGGGAUGGCAUUCGGCUCGGGGAGAGACUCCGUACCAUGUCCUGUAGUGACAAGAUCCUCCGCUGGAACGUGCUCGGCCUGCAAGGGGCGCUGUUGACCCACUUCCUGCAGCCCGUGUAUCUCAGAUCUGUCACACUGGGUUACCUUUUCAGCCAAGGGCAUCUGACCCGUGCCAUCUGCUGUCGUGUGACGAGAGACGGGAAGGCGUUUGAGGAUGGACUGCGGCAUCCCUUCAUUGUCAACCACCCCAAGGUUGGCCGGGUCAGUGUAUAUGAUUCCAAAAGGCAGUCAGGGAAGACUAAGGAGACAAGCGUCAACUGGUGUUUGGCCGACGGCUACGACCUGGAGAUCCUGGAUGGGACCAGAGGCACUGUGGACGGGCCACGGAAUGAAUUAUCACGGGUCUCCAAAAAGAACAUUUUUCUUCUAUUUAAGAAGCUCUGCUCCUUCCGUUACCGCAGGGACCUACUUAGACUCUCCUAUGGUGAGGCCAAGAGAGCUGCCCGUGACUACGAAAUGGCCAAGACCUACUUCAAACACAGCCUGAAGGACAUGGGCUAUGGGAAUUGGAUAAGCAAACCCCAGGAGGAGAAGAACUUUUAUCUCUGCCCAGUAUAGUAGGAGACGGGACUGGCUGGCUGGGGGUGUUCACACAGGGAUGAGAGGCAGGUCGUAGCAUUCCUCAUCACAUCGGUCAAGGUUUUUUUCCCUUUUUUUUUUUUUUUUAAUGGAACCAGGAUUGCUGAUCCUGAGAACUUCGGGUUCCUGUUUACCCCCACUUUCUUUGGGAUUGCCAGCUGGGUCUGGCCAGGCCCCCUUCUGCUCUCCCAAGCACAGAGGCUGAGACCUAAGGGGAGACAAAGGGGUUGUCUUUUCACCCAGACGAUAAGCAGUCACUGGGCAUCUGCAGCCAUUUCCUCUUAAGGUUUUUGGGGUUCUUUUUCCCCCAUUUCCUCUCAGCUUGCGUUUGCUACACUGACCUCUCGUGGUCUUGAUUAGGUUCCAGUCAGGUCUGUGCGAAUCACGUCAGGGACUGAGGGCUUCAUUGGUGGACUGUGCAGGCCCCUCUCCUUCCCUCUUCCCUUUCUGAGAUUCCUUCCUUGGGAUCCCUGAGUUUCUCUUUCUCUACCCUAGAGGAGGGUAAAGAAGUGAACUUACAGCGUUUGCUGAAACGCUCCGCAGGGCAGGGGUUGCAGGCUGCAGCCAGCUCCUUCCUGGCCAGUGGAGGUGUGCGAUGGGAAUCUGAGGUGACUGCUCUGGGUCUUGCACUUUAGCCUGCUGGGAGGGGCCAAGAGGCAGGGAGACCUGCUGCUCAGGAAGUGCACCCUUCCCCAGGCAGCAGGGACGCCCAGAACCAGCCGGACAGGGCAGGAGGAACCGCCCAAGCACCAGCUGAGUUUUCCCUGCAGGGGUGGCACACCCCACUUCCCCGGGAGCACAGACAUUCCUUGGACUCUGGCCAAGCUGCCAGCUGCUCUUCCUAAAUUGUUCCUGGGACUUUGCCCUGCCAUUGGAGGGGGUGGAGCCACAGACCCACCAACUGGCAUAAAAAACCCAGGACAGACCCUAGAGGGCAAAUCACCUCCACUCAGAUAAUCAGGACUUGGCAAAAAUGAGGGAAGAAAUCACGUUGGGUCAGAUCACUGUUCACCUGCCACGUUUGUCCUGACAGUGUCCCAAGGGAAAGCGACUGCUAAGUCAUGGGUAAAUCAGGAGUUUUUAAAGAAUGUGGUAGAUGUUGAUUCUCGCCCUCUACAAAUAACCCGUAACUGCACAGAUUUAAAAUUCAGACGUACUUUUCCAUGGAUCAAGUGCUUUCGUUUUGCCGGAUGGAUUCUGAAGUUGGUAUGUGGGCAGGGCACAGACGGAGGGUCUUCUCCCCUGCCUGCUACGGGAUCUUUCUAGGCUUGGCAUAUGAGGAGGCAGUAGU